AUGUCGCACGGUUGCAUCGGCAUUAACUACCGACUCAUAUCAUUUGUUUUGACAAAUUCUUUUCCAACAACCUAUAACCCCAGUAUGAGUGAGUCAAAACCCAGUCCGACCGUGCAGCUUUCGCGAUGGGUAUCACAGCUGAAGCUGGACGAUAUACCGGAGCAAGUGCGCACUCGAGCAAAAUACCUCAUUCUCGACGGAAUUGCAUGCGCUUUUGUCGGAUCUCACCUGCCUUGGUCCGAGACAGCAGCACACGCGAUCUUCAAACUGGAGCCAACGCAGGGAGACGCGUCACUGGUCGGAUGGGGAGGACGAAAGGCUACUGCUCUCAGCGCCGCACUUCUCAACGGAACCUUUAUUCAGGGCUUUGAGCUGGAUGACUGGCACAGCGAAGCUCCCCUUCACUCCAACAGCAUUAUUUUGCCAGCUCUGAUUGCAGCUGCACAGAACUCUCACUCGACAACUUCCGGCAAAGACUUUUUGCUCGCGACUAUUGCGGGCUAUGAGAUAGGGCCACGUGUAGGACGUGCUCUCUGGGGCACACACGUUCUCUCGUCAGGCUGGCAUUCUGGAGCAGUCUUUGGCCCUGCUGCUGCCGCCUCCAGUGUCAGCAAGCUUUACGGUUUCAGCGCAGACAAGAUCGAAGAUGCCUUCGGGAUAGCGUGUACCCAAGCUUGCGGACUCAUGUCUGCACAGUUCGAAAGCGACGUUAAGCGUAUGCACCACGGGAUCGCGGCGCGGAACGGUCUUAUGGCUGCCGUCCUAGCACGAGACGGCUACGUGGGCAUCAAGAAGGUUUUCGAGCGCGAAUACGGGGGAUUCUUAAAACAGUUCAGUUCUGGAAACGGAAGAGAGCCUCAAUAUCGAUUGGAUGAGUUGACCAGCGAGCUCGGAACAAAGUGGCAGACGAAUGGUAUUCGAAUCAAGCCAUAUGCUGCCAUGGCUGGUACACAUCCUAGCAUUGAUUGCAUCCGCCGUCUACAAGAACAGAAUCCUGAAAGGAUGAACAAGUUCGACGAGAUAACCAAGAUCGAAAUCCUUCUAGGCGAAGCUGCGUUUCAUCACGGAGGCUGGAAAGCUAAAAAACCUCUCACAGCAACUGGUGCCCAGAUGAGCAACUCAUUCACUACCGCAUUGCAGAUUGUUCAUCGACAAGUCUUGAUGGCACAAUUUACUUCCAACAUGCUUAAUGAUGAACGUGUCUGGAGACUUGUUCACAUGACUGAGUGUAAAUUGUAUAUUACUGACGGCGACUCGAUCGGCUGUCAAGAAGUACGAAUUGAGUUCCAAGACGGGACCGCCCUGCAUCACGCGGUGCAGAAUGCGUAUGGCGUCGACCCGCCCCUAUCUAAUGAAGACAUAGUGGGUAAAUGGAGAGAUCUAACCAAAGGUAUUGUUGAGAAUAAAGUACUGGACAAGAUUGAAGAGAUAGUGCUUUCUUUGGAGGAAUUGGAUGAUCUUUCAACACUUUGUGAUCUGCUUGGUCAAAUCGCGAAAAGUCCGCUAGCUGAAUAA